GUUUGUCAGCAGCAUAAUAGCAAAAGCACUACAGGAAGCGAUGACGGCGUUUCCUUCAUAGGGAGGGGAAGAAGAUCUCUCUCUCUCUCUGACUCUGAUAUCCGACUGUCCCACUGUCUGCACAGAGAGAUAAAGCGAUAGCGACAAACAUUCAGGAGACAGGAAGCGGAAAACAUGGAGAAACAGGCGUGUUCUGGCUCCGAGAAUCCCGCGAUACCGCCGGUACCGAGGAAACCGCGGACUCUGGGAGUGAACCUCGCCGCUCGACGAGACAGCAGCGACUCUGUGGACAGCCCCUCAAGCUCUCAUGUUGAAUGGUGUAAACAGCUGAUCGCUGCCACAAUCUCCAGCCAGAUCUCAGGCUCUGCUAUUCCUGAGGUCGUGAGCCGUGACUGCAAGGCUGGGUGGAAGCUGGAGCAUAGGAUAUCCAGGAGACCUAAUCUGAGGUCUCAGGACUCUCUAGAGGAAAAUGCAUAUGAGGGUGACAGUGACACUGAGCUGCCUCUUCACUCUCUGCAAACCCUUAAAGAAAUGCAGAGGCAAGUACCCAUGGAUGAGCUUCCACUAGUCCCUGGGGAGAGCAUUAAAAUAACUGCUAAAGAUGUGAUGUACAUCUGUCCAUUCACUGGAGCCGUGACCGGCACUCUUACGAUAACAGACUACAAGCUUUACUUUGUCAGUCUUGAAAGGGAUCAUCCCUUUGUGCUAAAUGUCAAUUUGGGGGUGAUAAGCCGGUUGGAGACCAUCAGUGUUCAGAGUCAUGGGGAGAACACACAGGGACUGGAGAUCGUCUGUAAGGACAUGAGGAAUCCUAGGUUUGCCUAUAAGAAGGAGGAACAGAGCAAUCUGGAAAUCGUGGAGACACUUACCAAGUGCACCUUUCCACUGUCCAAUGAUCUCCCCCUGUUUGCUUUCCAGUAUAAGGAAAAGUAUCCAGUAGAAGGAUGGAAGGUUUAUGAUCCGGUAUCAGAGUAUAAAAGGAUGGGUCUACCUAAUGAAAGUUGGACUAUCAGUAAGAUAAACAGUAACUAUGAAGUGUGUGACACAUAUCCUGCUCUCCUGGUCAUUCCAACUAGUAUCAAAGAGGAUGAGCUUAAAAGAGUGGCAUCUUUCAGGGCCAAGCAUCGCAUACCGGUCCUCUCUUGGAUCCAUCCUGAGAGCCAGGCCACGAUUGUGCGCUGCAGUCAGCCGCUGGUGGGCCCGUCAGACCGCCGAUGCAAAGAGGACGAGCGCUACCUGCAGACCAUCAUGGACGCCAACGCACAGUCACACAAGCUGAGCAUAUUUGACGCGCGGCAGAACAGCGUCGCCGACACGAAUAAGGCUAAAGAUGGCGGCUAUGAGAGCGAAAGUUUUUAUCCCAAUGCGGAAAUGAAUUUCCUGGAGAUCCCCAACAUCCAUGUGAUGCGGGAGUCCCUGCGCAAGCUGAAGGAGGUGGUCUACCCCACUAUAGACGAACUUCACUGGCACUCUACCAUCGAUGCUACGCACUGGCUGGAGUAUAUCAGGCUGUUAUUAGCAGGUGCAGUGCGUAUAGCUGAUAAAGUUGAGUGCAGUAGCUCGGUGGUGGUGCACUGCAGUGACGGCUGGGACCGCACGGCUCAGCUCACCUCUUUGGCCUUGCUGAUGCUGGACUCGCACUACCGCACACUCAGGGGCUUCCAGGUGCUCAUCGAGAAGGAGUGGAUCAGCUUCGGACACAAGUUCGCCUCGCGCGUUGGCCAUGGAGACGAGAAUCAUGCCAACUCUGAGCGAUCCCCACUUUUUGUUCAGUUCAUCGACUGUGUGUGGCAGAUGAUUAGACAGUUUCCUUCUGCCUUCGAGUUCAACGAACUUUUUCUUAUUACCAUCCUGGAUCACCUCUACAGCUGCCUGUUUGGUACAUUCCUCUACAACAGUGAGCAGGAGCGAAUGGAAAAGGAAGUACAGAGUAAAACGAUAUCACUGUGGUCCUACAUUAACAGUCAGCUGGAGGACUUUACUAACCCGUUCUAUGUGGACUAUAAGAACCAGGUGUUGUAUCCACUGGCCAGUCUCAGGCAUCUGGAGCUCUGGGUGGGUUACUACGUACGCUGGAACCCACGCAUGAGACCACAGAUGCCGGUCCAUCAGAAUUUGAAGGAGUUAUUAUUUUUGCGUGCUGAGCUGCAGAAGAAAGUGGAGGAGCUCCAGAAAGAGGCAGCGUCAUCACGUUCCAUCUCCUCAUCCUCAGAACACGCUUCUUCCUCCUCACAUGGUGGUACACCACUGCACACUGCCGUCUAAAUACCCCCGUGCACAUCUGCUCGCACAACACGUUUAACAGCACGCACUGCGUUUACUCUCAGGCACAAGUAGGGAGUGAAUAAGAAGGAAGUGGCAACAAUGAACACACACAAACACACACACAUUCCUGUUUCCAUUUUUUAACUAUAGAGAGUUAACUUACAUUUUUAUAAAUACAUCUUUUAUAUAAACUGUGAAAAAUCUUGUAAUGCAUGUCUACAGUAUGAAUCCAUAGUAUUUACUGUACAUUCUAGUAUUUCACCUGUAAAUAUAUAAACAAAUUGUAUUAAUAUAUUUGUAUUUACAUGUUCAUCUACGGCCUCAUUUGGUCCUUCAUGUUUUUACACAUGAAUGCUGUUUUUGCUGUAUUUUGCUACUUGAAGUUUUAUAAUUUUCUUUUUUUAUUUUGAGUGAAUAAUUCUUCUAUUUUUGUAUUUUAUUAGUUCAUUUUACUUUUUUAUGUCCAUUUUUAAUGUCAUCACAUUGAAGUUGUGACGAGAGUUUUCAGUAUUAUUUUCCUCGUCGUUCACCUCGCUAACAAUGAGCGCUGAAUAGUGAAUUUGUCCUGUUUUUAGUAGGAAAGUGUUGUAACGUUGAGUUGUACAGAGCCGUCUUUGUCUCGUGGACUUUUCACUGGUGUUUUUUGAAUAAACGCAACUGCUAAAUGAAAAGCGUCUCAGAUCCGGAGGCAAAACAGAGACGUAAGGAUUUGUAUGUUCAAAUUUGUUAAUGAAAUUUAUGCACCGAUGAAUUCAAAGUAAAGUUGACAGAAAACCACA